GACCAUGAUCAAGAUCAGUCACCACCAUCAAACCCCUUCUCUUCCGAAGCUCAAUCCCAUGCUCAUCUCAACUCUCCAACUCUCCUCCUUUCUCUGCCUCCUCCUCUCCACCACCAUCACCGCCGCCGCCGUAGAUGACAACAGCCCCUGGCUACCUUACACUCCCACCGACUACAUUCUCCUCGACUGUGGUUCAUCUUCUAACACCACCGACGCUAGCCUCCGGAGCUGGGACGGCGAUGUCCGCUCACAAUUCUCGCCGUCGAACAUUGAAAACACGUCGUCGAAUGCUACAUCCUCCAAGUCUGUCAUUCAAGUGCCCUACAAGACUUCUCGUAUCUUCCACUCUCAAUUCACCUACUCAUUCCCAGUCUCUGCCGGACCAAAAUUCAUUCGUCUCUAUUUCUACCCAGUUAAUUACUCUGAGCUCGAUAUUACCAACUCUUUCUUCUCCCUCACUUCCAACGACUACACCCUCUUAAACAACUUCAGUGCCUUCCUCACUGUCUCCGCCAUGAAACCCGCAGUUGCUUCCCUUAUAAAGGAGUUCAUCGUCAAGUUAGGGACAACCAGAUACUGA